UGUUACGCCGGCUCCACACGUUGGCCCCAAUAUUGGCCCCAACGCUAUUCAUCCAACGUGUGGAUCUAGAAAAUGGCAUUGGUCCCAACGUUAGGGCGAGCGUUGGUAGUUGGCCGGCUCGUGUCGGUUUCAUCAAAGGAAUCUGCGCCAACGCUCGCGAUCUGUCCACACGUUGGCGCUUUGCUCAGUUCUGUUACAACACGCAGCGAGUGCAUACGUCGAGCGAGAAUGGCUUUCUCAUCCACAAAAUCGUCACCGGCUUGGACAUAACAAAUAUAAAUGUGCACUCAUCAUUACUAUAAACGCGCUCAGAGCAGUUUCGAUUUCUGUAUCGGACAUCUUCACAUUGGCGUUGACGGGAUAGAACUAGUUUAUUAGCCAACGUGUGUACGCCUCACCGAGUUUGCAGUCCAACGUUGGUACGAGCGUUGGGACCAACAUGUGGAGCCGGCCUUAUGGAAUAGGCGGCAAGCAGGCAGACGAAAAAAAAAAAUGUAUUUAGGUUGCAAUAUAGCAUUUUGCAAUUUUUCGAUUGGAUUCAUAAUCUGUGACCCCAUGACCUGUGGCAAAUAUAUUUUUCUGAUUGCAGGACAGAUGGCAGCAGUAGUACUUGAUACUUAGACAGCUGCUGAAGUACAAAACAUAACCUCUAAAAAUAUUCAUAGUACGUCCGGAUUAUCAUGUGUUAUUAACACUUUUGUUUUCUUUUUUUUAAUUUAAAAAGGCUUGUUAGCUAUAAAAAUGAAAUCCAAGUCGUUUGACUUAAAACUAAAUACCAAUGAAAAAAAGUCACUGGACAGGACAGCUGAGUUUGCUGGCUUUUAUAAAUCUGCAGCUGAAACGAAUAAACUUGGCGCGGAGAAACGUAAAUCUGAUGGAGUCGUGACUAAAGAAAAUACAAAAACGAAAACUGGCAAUGUAAAGCCAGAGACUCCGAUUAAAAACAAAAAACGGAACAAGCAAGAGCUGAUAGAUAUCUCGCAAAUCAACAUCGAUGGCUCCACUUUAGGCGGCACAAGUUUUCCUCGAGCCAGUUCUGUUCAUGACAUUAAAACCUCCACUCCUAAUUCUAAUGGUAAAGUUCACGAUCAAGGUGGGAAAGUCAAGUCGAUAAUGAAGAACAAACCCCCAGUUGAACAGUCUCCAGACAGUGCGAGGUCCCAUGUGUCCAGCGGGAAGCCCAAGAAGAGGAACAAGUCUGUCAGCUUCAUGUUAGAUGAUCACGAGGAGGUAGUAGUGAAGAGGACCAAGUCUGACGACUCCAAAAUUAAUCAAAAUCUUGAGUCCAAUGCCACUAUUGUGAAAGAUAGGAACAAGAAUGUCAAAAAAAUUAAAAAACAUCAGCAGUCUGAGAAGGAGAACAAAGCUGCUGAAGUUAACAAUCUAAAUAUGGAAGUUGAGAACAGUAAAGUAGCACUUGACAAAAAAUCCAAUAAGUUUAAUAAAGUAAAAAAAAUAGUAGAAGCAUCUCCUGCAGGAGAUGCAAUGAAUGUGACCCAGGAGAUUAAAGAAAAGAAGAAAAUAAAAAAAGCAAAGAAACAAAACUCACAGCAAACAGAUACAGAAGUCCACAACAGUGAGGUGCCUGCUGAAGUCAAAACAAAGAAAGUCAAAAAGACAAAAACAAAAUCUCCUCCAGCUGAAACAACACAGGCUGAAGGAGAGCCAGCACCUAAAUCCCGCAAAAAGGAUGGCAACCCUGAUAUUGCUGAGGACUUGGAGAACCUGAGCAUUGGUGACAAUGCACACACACUGUCAAACUUGCUGGAUGAAAUGACUGUUGUGGACAAAGACAAAAGGAAAAUUUUAAGAAAAAAAUUCAAUAAGAACAAGAAACCAAAAGGCUCUCAGAGUUCCAAAAAAGAUGAUGCAGAGAAGCCUGAAGAAGUAAAGGAGAAGAUAAAGUGGAAGAAGAGGAAAUGGAACAAGGAUAAGAAGGGGGAAUCCAAUGAGGAUGGCUUGUCCAACACACUGCUUGUGGAGAACCUGCCUCUAUCUAUGAUGCUUAACUAUAAGAAGAUACUUACUGAACAUUUCAUUAAGCAUGGAGCUAUUAAGAAAAUUGGUAUUGCAGAGGUAUAUCCCACAGAAGAGUCCAGGCCUGUAUUCACCACCACAAUUAGCUUCCAAAAUGACUCGAGUGCUGUACAGGCAUUAGAAGAGAAUAAUUCAUAUUUGGAAGGCAGCCGCAUCCAGGUGAAGCGGCCGCUCCCUGCCACACAGACGACAGUUGUCGUCCGGUCGUACGCAGAGCUCACUGACCAGGCGAUAUGUACCACCUUCCUUGGCGCCGGCAGGAUCAGGAGCAUACGACAUUUGGUCAAGGGGAAGAAGAGUAUGGCCACAGCAUUUGUUGAAUUCGAUGGACCGUCAGCUGUGGAGCGCGCGAUCAAGUUAGCCGGUGAUACCAAGAUUGGCGGCAAGAAAAUUCAUUUGUCCAAAUUCGAGAUACGUGCCAAGAAAGCGAAGAAAGAAAAGAAUGAAGCAGACAGCGCUGCUGACGCAGAUAGCGAGGACUCUAAUGAUUAGAUUAUAAUAUUUCCAAUAGUUUUUGUAAAAAAGCCAAGAAAUUUGUAUGUACAGGCGGCAUUUAAAUAAUACUGUCUCAGUACGCACAAAACGAGAUAGUCUUUGGACCUCUCCAUUUUAUACAUUUUCAUUCCUUUCUGGAAAUCAAAGUUUCAAAAGUGUUGUUGAUGGAUGGUAUUCUACUUUGUAUGGCAUUAAAUUCUUGCAUUUACAUGCUCUCAAAAACUCAUUAAUCAUAGCAAAAGAGAUUUUUCAGUGAUAAAACUUUUUGUAUCUGUGUUUUACAUAUUUUAUAAUUCAAGCUUUAAUGCUAAAACGCCACUCAAUUUUAAGAUGUAGGUACUACAAAUGAUAGAGCGAUAUUAUUGAGUAGCAUUUCAGUAUUUAGGCAAAACGCAAUUAAAUGUACUUUUAUACUGUUUAACCAAUAUGUUAUACACAGUAUGCAUAUUUUAAUGUUUAAUGAAAUAUCAAGAUUAUUGAUGUUAUACACACACAUGUAUUUGUUACAAUAAAUGUAGUUUUUAAUGUUUUAACAAUAAGGUCUAUAUUCCCAGUACUAUUAUAGUAUUUUUGUUAAUUAUUAUAAUUAACUCCGUGUGCGCCCUCUUUAUGUAUUUUAUGACUUUUUGUAAUGUUUUAAAUUGUUUGUAAAUUACGUCGAUAUGUUAAUGGGCUGCAUCACGGAUAUGGAAUAAUGUUAGAUGUAUGAAAAAUAAAAAAGUUUUGAGUGACGAAUAUCGUGAAAUAAACUGACUCGUUGAAUUUGAA